UAAGUUCGGCUUCAGACACGCCUCAGCGCCAGCAGCGAGCCGGAGCUCUAUGGAGGUGGCAGCGGGUACCAGGUGGCGGCUGCAGCAGCUACUCCUCUGAGCUGAGAGUUUCAGGCCGGCCCCGUCUCCUUCCUCCCCCUUCCCUCCCCUUUUUUUGUUUUCCGUUCCCCUUCCCCCUCCCUUCCCCGUCCCCGACGACCGGAUCCAGAGGAGGCAGCUGCGGUGGCAGCUGCUGAGUUCUCGGUGAAGGCUUUUCAUUUCUACCAUCCCCUCCCCUCCCCACCCCAUCCAUUAAUAUUAUUCUUUUGAAGAUUCUUCGUUGUCAAGCCGCCAAAGUGGAGAGUGCGAUUGCAGAAGGGGGUGCUUCUCGUUUCAGUGCUUCUUCGGGCGGAGGAGGAAGUAGGGGUGCACCUCAGCACUAUCCCAAGACUGCUGGCAACAGCGAGUUCCUGGGGAAAACCCCAGGGCAAAACGCUCAGAAAUGGAUUCCUGCACGAAGCACUAGACGAGAUGACAACUCCGCAGCAAACAACUCCGCAAAUGAAAAAGAACGACAUGAUGCAAUCUUCAGGAAAGUAAGAGGCAUACUAAAUAAGCUUACUCCUGAAAAGUUUGACAAGCUAUGCCUUGAGCUCCUCAAUGUGGGUGUAGAGUCUAAACUCAUCCUUAAAGGGGUCAUACUGCUGAUUGUGGACAAAGCCCUAGAAGAGCCAAAGUAUAGCUCGCUGUAUGCUCAGCUAUGUCUGCGAUUGGCAGAAGAUGCACCAAACUUUGAUGGCCCAGCAGCAGAGGGUCAACCAGGACAGAAGCAAAGCACAACAUUCAGACGCCUCUUGAUUUCCAAAUUGCAAGAUGAAUUUGAAAACCGAACCAGAAAUGUUGAUGUCUAUGAUAAGCGUGAAAAUCCCCUCCUCCCUGAGGAGGAGGAACAGAGAGCCAUUGCUAAGAUCAAGAUGUUGGGGAACAUCAAAUUCAUUGGAGAACUUGGCAAGCUUGAUCUUAUUCAUGAAUCUAUCCUUCAUAAGUGCAUCAAAACACUUUUGGAAAAGAAGAAGAGAGUCCAACUCAAAGAUAUGGGAGAGGAUUUGGAGUGCCUCUGUCAGAUAAUGAGGACAGUGGGACCUCGAUUAGACCAUGAACGAGCCAAGUCCUUAAUGGAUCAGUACUUUGCCAGAAUGUGUUCCUUAAUGUUAAGUAAGGAAUUGCCAGCCAGGAUUCGUUUCCUACUGCAGGAUACCGUAGAGUUGCGAGAGCACCAUUGGGUUCCUCGCAAGGCUUUUCUUGACAAUGGACCAAAGACGAUCAAUCAAAUCCGUCAAGAUGCGGUAAAAGAUCUAGGAGUAUUUAUUCCUGCUCCUAUGGCUCAAGGGAGGAAUGACUUCUUCCUGGAGGGACCGUUCAUGCCGCCAAGGAUGAAAAUGGAUAGGGACCCACUUGGGGGACUUGCUGAUAUGUUUGGGCAAAUGCCAGGUAGUGGAAUUGGUACUGGUCCAGGAGUUAUCCAGGAUAGAUUUUCACCCACAAUGGGACGUCAUCGUUCAAAUCAGCUCUUCAAUGGCCAUGGGGGACACAUCAUGCCUCCCACGCAAUCACAGUUUGGAGAGAUGGGGGGCAAGUUUAUGAAAAGCCAGGGGCUAAGCCAGCUCUACCAUAACCAGAGUCAGGGACUCUUAUCCCAGCUACAAGGACAGUCGAAGGAUAUGCCACCUCGGUUUUCUAAGAAAGGACAGCUUAAUGCAGAUGAGAUUAGUUUGAGGCCUGCUCAGUCGUUUCUAAUGAAUAAAAAUCAGGUGCCAAAACUUCAGCCCCAGAUAACUAUGAUUCCUCCCAGUGCACAGCCACCACGCACUCAAACACCACCUCUGGGACAGACACCUCAACUUGGUCUCAAAACUAAUCCACCACUUAUCCAAGAAAAGCCUGCCAAGACUAGCAAAAAGCCACCACCAUCAAAGGAAGAACUACUUAAACUGACCGAAGCUGUUGUGACUGAAUAUCUGAACAGUGGAAAUGCCAACGAUGCUGUCAGUGGUGUGAGAGAAAUGAGAGCUCCAAAACACUUUCUUCCUGAGAUGUUAAGCAAAGUGAUCAUCCUGUCACUUGAUAGAAGUGAUGAAGAUAAAGAAAAAGCAAGUUCUUUGAUCAGUUUACUCAAACAGGAAGGGAUAGCCACAAGUGACAACUUCAUGCAGGCUUUCCUGAAUGUAUUGGAGCAGUGCCCCAAACUGGAGGUUGACAUCCCCUUGGUGAAAUCUUACUUGGCACAGUUUGCAGCUCGUGCUAUAAUCUCAGAGCUGGUGAGCAUUUCAGAACUAGCUCAACCACUAGAGAGUGGCACCCACUUCCCUCUCUUCUUACUUUGUCUUCAACAAUUAGCUAAAUUGCAAGACCGAGAAUGGUUAACCGAACUUUUUCAACAAAGCAAGGUCAAUAUGCAGAAAAUGCUGCCAGAAAUUGAUCAGAAUAAGGAUCGGAUGUUGGAGAUUUUGGAAGGAAAGGGACUGAGUUUCUUAUUCCCACUCCUUAAAUUGGAGAAGGAAUUAUUGAAGCAAAUUAAGCUGGAUCCAUCCCCUCAAACUAUAUAUAAAUGGAUUAAAGAUAACAUCUCUCCCAAACUUCAUGUAGAUAAAGGAUUUGUGAACAUAUUAAUGACCAGCUUCUUACAGUACAUUUCUAGUGAAGUAAGCCCACCCAGCGAUGAAACAGAUUCUUCCUCUGCUCCUUCCAAAGAACAGUUAGAGCAGGAAAAACAGCUGCUGCUCUCUUUUAAGCCAGUGAUGCAGAAAUUCCUUCAUGAUCAUGUGGAUCUACAGGUCAGUGCCCUGUAUGCUCUGCAGGUGCACUGUUACAACAGCAGCUUCCCAAAAGGCAUGUUGCUUCGAUUUUUCGUUCAUUUCUAUGACAUGGAAAUUAUUGAAGAGGAAGCUUUCUUAGCUUGGAAGGAAGACAUAACUCAAGAAUUUCCAGGAAAAGGCAAGGCUUUGUUCCAGGUGAAUCAGUGGCUAACCUGGCUAGAAACUGCUGAAGAAGAAGAAUCAGAGGAAGAAGCUGACUAAAGAACCAGCCAAAGCCUUAAAUUGUGCAAAACAUACUGUUGCUAUGAUGUAACUGCAUUUGACCUAACCACUGCGAAAAUUCAUUCCGCUGUAACGUUUUUCACAAUAUUUAAAGCAGAAGCACGUCAGUAAGGUUUCCUUCUGCAUAAGGUUUUUGUAGUGUGAUGUCUUAAUCAUAGUCUACCAUCAAAUACUUUAGGAGUAUCCUUAAUGUUUAGAUAGAAUAUUAGCAGCAUGCAAUAAUUACAUCCUAAGUUCUCAAGCAGAGGCAGUCUAUUGCAAGGACCUUCUUUGCUGCCAGUUACCAUAGGCUGUUUUAAGUUAGAAAACUGAAUAGCAACACUGAAUACUGUAGAGAUGCACUUUGCUCAGUAAUACUUGAGUUGUUGCAAUAUUUGAUUAUCCAUUUGGUUGUUACAGAAAAAUUCUUAACUGUAAUUGAUGGUUGUUGCCGUAAUAGUAUAUUGCCUGUAUUUCUACCUCUAGUAAUGGGCUUUAUGUGCUAGAUUUUAAAAUCCUUGAGCCUGGGCAAGUGCACAAGUCUUUUUAAAAGAAACAUGGUUUACUUGCACAAAACUGAUCAGUUUGAGAGAUCAUUAAUGCCCUUGAAGUGGUUUUUGUGGGUGUGAAACAAAUGGUGAGAAUUUGAAUUGGUCCCUCUUAUUAUAGUAUUGAAAUUAAGUCUACUUAAUUUAUCAAGUCAUGUUCAUGCCCUGAUUUUAUAUACUUGUAUCUAUCAAUAAACAUUGUGAUACUUGAUGUAGUUGUACAUGACUUCAAAUUGUAUCUGUAAAAGUUAUGGAGAAUUGUUCAUUUUGUUUUGAGGUAUGGAUUUAUCUCAGUUUAAGAACUUGGGAAAUUUUUUAUUUCAUAGUCUUAAUCAGUAGUGAUUCAGCCUGUAAAGUAACAUCUCUUAAUUCAAGCAUUAAUUAAGGUUUUCACCUCGGGACUGUUCCCUAUCAGUCUUGUUGUAAUGUGAACUGUCCAUUUAAUCUGACCUUUACCAUUACAGGCCUUGUGUCAACUCUUUGGCUCUGCUUUCUAAGCACCUUAGGAAUAAGCUUGUCUCAUCCACCAACUUCUUUGCCAAGGUACCUGCUUAGCCCUUAAUCUCCAUUUAUUCUUCACAACAAAACAACCAGAACAAGAAACUGAAAAACAAAACUGCUGCAUGGUUUUAGGACCCAGCAAACUUUAAGUCAUCCUAAAAUUGGCUCUCUCUUGGUUUUCAUUUUUCUUGCCUUUGCUUAUUCCGUUACUUUACCUGGAAUAGUAAGUGGUCCCCUCAUCCUUUAAGUUCAGGUGUGGUAUAAAUGUCAAAGAACUAGCCUUUUUCUGCUGGGACAGUGAGAAGUUUGUAUCAAACUCUGCUGCAAAAGAAAAAAAAAAUGUGCUUUGGCACGGAAUCCAGAGAACAGUAGACCACAGAAAUAGACUGGGUGGUCAAGUCCUGUGUCCCUUGUCAAAUAUCUGUUCUCAGGUGUCCCCAACUCCUCCUGGUGACCAGAGCCUACUAUAGGCAGAGUGGGAACAGAUAAGCCCUUGCUGCCUCUCAGCAGAACCAUGGUCUGCUUUGGUGGCUCUUGUUACCAAGAUUUGCAGGAGAGUAGAAGUGGACAGCCGAGGAGGCCCAUCCCACAUCUCGGCCUAGCCUGUGAUCCACUUCCCAGUCAGCCCAUGGUAAAAGCAGAGCUCCAAGGGGAUAGUGUAGCUGUAUCUUCAGUCAUUUCUGAGUGAGAUGAUGAAUUUAAGUUUUGUGAGCUUCAGUCUUAGAGAAUUGCAUUAAUUAGAAAUUUAAGAGCAAUUCAAAAUUAGGUUUAGGAUCCAAAAUGUUCUGGAUAAAAGAUUGUCUUUGAAUCUGAAGGUUGAUUGACUGCAUGAUAACUGAGUUAGGGCUAAAAGAACUAACUGAAAUGAUCUGUGUAUACACCGCUCACUAGAAAAACUAGUAAUGAAUAAAUGCUUGGAUAGUGA